AUGUUCGCGAAGCCCGACCUGGACAAGAAGCUGGAGUCUCUCCGGCGAAACAGCAAGCCCCUUGUGUGCUACACGGACAAAGGCGUCGAGAAGAGCCGCUGCGGCGUUGUCUGCCAAUGGUUGGUGGACAAGGGCUUCCCGCCCGAGCGCCUUCGAAGGCUGAAGGGUGGACGCGAUGCCUGGCAAGCCGAAGGCUACCCUACAUGUGUGUAUGGCGACGAGAUGUGGCAGCUCGCUUCACAGGCGCAGCUGAGCGCCGCCCCCGUGGGCCCAUCCCUGAGGUGGCAUGUCAUCGGGGGAGCCGACAAAGGAGGCAUCCUCGUCAGAGAAGGGGCCGCCUUGACGUCACCGGCUUGCGAUGCGCGGCUCGCAACGAGCUCGGUCCUGGAGCAAGUGCAGCUGAAGGGCGAGCGACUUUGCUACAAGCUUCUGGAAGGUGACGGCCCAAAGAUCGGCUGGGUGAGCAUCCGCUUGUCUGACAAGGAGCUUUGCGUGCUGCAUGAACAGUGCCCGACACAGCGCCUGCUGGGCAGCGCGGUGAAAAUCCGGGGUCUUCAAAGUGAUGCCGGAAAGGCGCUGAACGGACAAGAGGGGUUUGUGCAGUCCUUCGACGAAUCGAAGCAGCGGCUAGUCGUGACAGUCUAUGCCACUGGCAAGGAGCAUGCAGUGAAGGUCACGAAUCUGAUUCCGAAGCCCUAG